UUCCGAGACAUCCUCUUCAGCAUGCGUGUCGCGCUCCCAAUUUUGACAAUCGCCGUGGCCCUGGCGUCCGGCCAGGUGCCCCAGUACCAGCAAUCGGCGCAGAAGGCAGCGAUUCUGAGCGACGCCCGAUAUCUCGCAGGGGAUGGGACAUUCGGUGCUGCCUACACCCAAGAAGAUGGGGUAGAAUUUAAGGAAGAGAGCGACGUAGAGGGCAAUCGUAAGGGUUCCUAUUCCUACGUCGACCCGACAGGGCAAAGGCGUACGGUCACGUACACGGCCGGCAAAAAUGGCUUCCAGGUUCGUGACACUCUCGAGAAGGCCUCGGCAUCCGGGGACCACAUUCCUACCGCGCCUCCGCAAGUCGCACCGCAACCGGAAUACGUGCCUCUGCCGCAAUACAAUUCCCCGGAAUAUCAGCAACAACAGACAACAGGGCCGUUCAACUUCGAGUACCGUCCAGAAUAUGGCGAGCUGUACCGACCACCGCCUCAUUUGGUGCCGCAAACGGUGUUCUCCUCUCAGCCGCAGUUUCCAGCCCAGCAAUUAGGGCACCAGCAACGGUACGGUCCCGAGCCAUCGCCCCAGCCGCCGCAGUACCAAUCUCAGCCGUUCCAACCCGAGGCCACCCAUCGGCAACAAACUCCGUCCCAGCCGAGAUUGCUGCCCCAGUACAACUCCAUCGCUACCCCGACACCGCACAGAUUCUAUCCCACCGGUAAACUCGAUUUCAAUAGAACCCCGGAUGGCUUCUCCUACACCUUCAGUAAGCAGAAAUAAUCGCGAGGAGACGACCACGAAGUUCAGCAACGAGGAAGUCGAUUCCCCUGCGCGCCAUUGGAACCCCGAGUCGACGCCUUGAACAGUUUGUCAACCGCAAAAUGUACGAAUAAAG